AUGGUUCCUGUUACGGUUUUCGCUGCGACUGUUGCGGCGCUGGCUGUGCCCGCGUCGGCGCACAUUGCGCUCUGGCACCCGUCGAUGUAUGGCUUCGGCUCGGGCUGGGACAACUCUGAAAUGGCGGUCCCGCUCAACCGCCACGCGGUCAAGAACGGCCCGAACGGGUGGUGGUUCCACGGCAAGAUUGACGAGCCGCCCGCGGCGGGCGAGAUCGCGCAGCUGCCCGCCGGUGGCACGUGGCACACGCAGGUGUCGUGCGACAAGCACUUUACGACGUGGGGCAACCCGAACGAGCGGUACGGCGAGCAGCACUACGCGUGCGACGAGAAGGCCAUGCUGCACUCUGGCACCGGGCAGCCGGGCGACGGCAAGGCCGUCCAGUACGACAUCAAGGGCUGCGCGCUCGCCAUCGCGUACGAGAGCGACCCGCACAAGGUCGACUCGGACAGCAUGGUCAUCUUCUCGGUCAACUACCAGUGCCCGUGGUUCAAGGAGGUCGAGUUCGAGAUCCCCGCCGACCUGCCCCCGUGCCCCCCCGGCGGGUGCCACUGCUCGUGGAACUGGUCACACUCGCCCGCUGGCGGCGGCUCAGAGUUCUUCAUGACGCUCUUCAAGUGCAACAUCAAGGGCGCGAGCGGUAACCGUGCCCUCCCCCCGCCCAAGGUCGCGAACAAGUGUCCCUGGGACCGCAACAACUGCACUGUCGGCGCGAAAACCCCGUUCAUCUUCAACCAGGCAGAGGGCAACAACAUCUUCCAGGACUUCACCGACCCGCCCUACUACAACUGGGAGUACGGCUUUGCCGACGGCGCCCAGAAGGACCUCUUCGAGAAGGACGUCAGCGUCACCAACACCGAGUGGGCGCCCAACCCGUGGGAGAGCUACGCGGCGGGCAAGCACCCGGCCGUCACGCCGGCCGCGAACCGCUUCGUGCCCCCCGUGCAGGACGGCGUGACGAUCGUCUCGCCGACAUGGCGCACCGGCCCCAAGACGUACCCGCCCGGCGAGGACCCGAGCGACCCCGCCAACGCCGUCCAGCCCGCGCGUACCUCCGUCUCCCUCCAGCCCGCGUUCACGACCGCCGCCGAGGCGUCCCCCGCCCCGACCAUCGCGCCCUCUGGCCUCGCUGCCAAGCCUGCCGGUGACGCCGAGGCUGCGAGCAGCAGCGGCUCGUCGUCCACCACGACCACCUCGGACGCCGCGCCCACUACCGCCGCUACACCUACCACCGCCGCCACGACCACCGGCUCGGGCGAGGCUGUCACGACCACGUCCGCCUCGUCUUCUUCGACUACCACCACUGGCUCGGGCGAAGCCGUGACCACGACCGCUGCCCCGUCGUCGUCCACUACCACGGGCUCGGGCGAGGCCGUGACUGGCACGUCGACCUCCUCGGCGUCGACCACCACCGGCUCGGGCGAGGCCGUGACCGGCACCUCCACCUCCUCGGCGUCGACCACCACCGGCUCCGGCGAGGCAGUGAGCACGACCGCCGCGUCGAGCUACACCACCUCCGUUUCCGGCUCCGCCUCAACUGAGUCCACCUCGUCCGCCUCGACGACGUACACCGUCGCCUCGGACUCGGGCACCCCGACCGGCUCGUCCAGCACUGGCGCGCCGACCGGCACCUCGUCUGGCUCGGGCACGGCUGUUGCCGCCACGACCUCCGGCUCUGGCACCGCCGUCGCUCCGACGACGUCUAGCUCUGGUACCGCUGUCGCCGUCACAUCGUCGAGCUCGGGCACGUCGCCCGUGCCGACCGCUUCGCCGACGCCGAAGAAGUGCCGCCCCAAGCAGCGCAAGCGCCGCGCCUCGUUCUAA